CGUUUGACAGUGCUUGAUGGCCCAUAACAAGUCGCUCUUGUCUGCUAUCUUUCCAAUUCCCCACUAAAAAGAAACCAACACCACUCUUUUUAAAAUCCCCCAAAAACCCAGUAAAAAAAAUUCAUUCAUUCAUUCAUUCAUUCAUCCCAUUUUCUCUCUCUAAAAAAUAUACCCACUUUCUCUCUCCUCAAAAUCAUGAAGAAUUGGGCAUAAACAACCAUACUCUCACUCACUCUCAUGGGUUCCAACUACAUGACCGUUGAAGGGUCUUCAACAGUCUCUUCUGGGUUGUCUGAUUCAAUCAACGGACUUAAAUUUGGUCAGAAAAUCUACUUUGAGGAUGUGGGUAGCGGCGGCGGCGGCGGCGGUUCCGGCAAGUCUUCCGGCGCCGUCGGUGGCGGCGGUGGGCCGGUGAAAAAGGGAGGAAAGGCGGUGUUGCAAAGCGGGCAGCCGCCACGGUGUCAAGUAGAAGGGUGUAAUACAGAUCUUAGUGAUGCAAAGACUUAUUAUUCAAGGCAUAAAGUUUGUGGAAUGCACUCUAAAUCACCUAUUGUUAUUGUUGCUGGUAUUGAGCAGCGUUUUUGCCAGCAGUGUAGCAGAUUUCAUCGGCUUCCUGAAUUUGACCAAGGAAAACGAAGCUGUCGCAGACGCCUUGCUGGUCAUAAUGAACGUCGAAGAAAACCACCACCUGGAUCUUUGUUAUCAUCACGUUUGGGGCGUCUCUCUUCUUCCUUUUUUGGUGACAACACCAGCAAAAAUGGUGGGUUUUUAUUGGACUUCUCUUCGUAUUCAAGGCAGUCUGAAAAGGAUCUGUGGCCAGGUUCAGAAACCUCUGAGCAGGUAUCUGGAAGUCAGUCCAGGUCCAUUAUGUGGCCAGGCCACUCUGAGGAUCAUCCUUCGAAGAUGUAUCUGCAUGGUUCAGCUAGUGAGUCCAGUUAUUCCUUCCCUUCUGGAGAAUGUAUCACAGGCGUCUCAUCUGACUCUAGCUGUGCUCUCUCUCUUCUGUCAAAUCAAUCUUGGGGCUCCAGAAACAGUUCAUCAGGUACUGCACUAGGUAACUCGAUGAACGUUGAUGGAACUCCCGUCUCCCAGUGUAAUGCAGCUCAUGGUGUUACAGUUGCACACUUUCCGAACAGCAGCUCAUCAUGGGGUUAUAAAGGCAAUAAUGAUGCCAGUUGUGGUUCAGAUGGUGUGCCAUCUGGUCAUUUGGGACUUGGCCAGAUCUCCCAACCACAUUAUAAUGGUCAAUUUCAUGGUGUUCUUCUGAUGGACCAUGUCCAAGAUGGCGGACGGCAAUACAUGGAUGUCGACCAUUCUAGGGCUUACAACUCAAACAACACAAACCAUGUGGACUGGUCACUUUGACUGUACUUUUCUUUGCUUUGUACUGAGCAAAAGCAAGUGCUGCUGUGAUUUCUGUAGAGCCCUUUAUGAUGACUGCUCUCUGUUUCCGAAUCCUUAAGUGGUUAUUUAUUUUCUUAGGCGCGUAGCAUAACAGAAGAUACUCUUAACUGUUAUCCGCACCACUGACUCAAAUGUUGUGGGACUGAACUGAUUACUUGUCCCGCUGCUUGUAUUUUCUGUUUCCCUGAAAGGAUCAAAUACUGUUGUGUUUUGCUAUUUGAUCUGAAUCACUGUCUGCUCA